AAUGCACCCGACUUCGGUUCGCGUGCGCGGAGGCCUUCGGAUGCAGUGAUGUCACAGAUGCUAUCAAUUCCAAUAGUCUUCGCCCUCGUCAGUUUCAUUGGAAUCAUAGUCAGUUCGUCUUCACAGGCCAUCUAUGGGGAAGCUAUCUGGUCUCCCAUGGACCUCCUUGGGAGGUUCUUGGAUGGUUCGCCCACCCACGCUACACGUUUUGGAGUGUGGUUCAUAGCAGCCGCUUUUGCCCUUGCGACAGUUGGAACGAACAUUUCGGCCAACUCAAUCAGUGCAGGAUGCGAUCUUACAGCGCUAUUUCCACGAUUCAUAAAUAUCCGUCGUGGUGGAUACAUCGCGGCCGUCGUUGGGCUUUGCAUGUGCCCUUGGAAUUUGCUCAAAAGUAGCAACAACUUCACGACAUACCUUUCUGCUUACACGAUCUUCCUGAGCGCCAUCGCCGGUGUGAUGAUCACAGAUUACUAUGUGAUCCAUAAGGGUCAUUACCGCGUCAAGGACCUCUACCACACGGAUAAUGAUGGCUGGUAUAAAUAUUCCCGUGGUUUCAACAUACGAGCGUACGCGGCGUACGUCGCUGGCAUCCUCAUCAAUGUCGUGGGAUUUGCAGGAGCGACGGGGCGUGAUGUACCGUUAGCAGCAACCCGCAUUUAUUCAAUGUCCUUCUUCACCGGUAUCAGUGUAUCGGCAGUGGUUUAUUGGGCCCUUAACCUUCUCUUCCCUACCCAUGAUGCUUCUCGCACGUUCAAAGAGGUAGAUGAGUCUGCUGAUCUGCGGGAUAGCCUAUAUGUCGAUCACCCAGAUGUUGGGUCAGAUGAGAAGCUAGAGAAGGAGACUGAUAUCGGUGUGCGCGAGGUCUCAAUAUGUUCCACAUAA